ACAUGAGUCGCGACGUGAAUGGCGUUAAUCGUAAGAUAAAAGGAGGAGGGUACUUGCGCCCCCCAUCUGCACCUCAUUCUGCACCCGCCACUUGAUAACCCUUCCCUCGUACGAGAGAACUUGCACUCACCGCUUCUCUUCAGCCAAGCUUCUACCACCUUUGUGGUCCCAUCUACCACACUUCUCCAAAUCCAUCAACAACCUUACGCCGCGAAUGGCUGUUUCCACUCAAUCCACCCCAUCGUCCACUGACUUGGCUGCCUAUAUGGCUAAGCAUGUAGAUGCUCCCAAGUGGGAGCAGCGUGACACGAGCUCCGUCGGCGAGACCCUGGUGUCUGAAGAGCGUUCGGUCUCGGACGAACGCCACACGCCCUACGGGGUGUAUAUCGCGAGGGAGAGAUCACGAUGGGCGUUCGCCCAGAAGCCCAUCCGACCCUCCGCAGUAAACGAGGCGUCCAAAUGGCCACCACCUCCCUCAUCCUCAUCCUCCUUCUGCUUCGACCCCUUUGGGGGUAGCGAGGAACAAACCGUCGGUCCUACCCACUUCGCGCCCGGUCCCAUUCCCACCAGCCUCUAUGUCCCGGGGAAGGCGUCCCUCGCCUUGUACAACCCUAUGGACACUAUCCACAUUCCUCCUCCCCAUCGGCCCCUCCGGUCCACCGAUGCCACAUAUGGUGGCAUCAGUACAAAUAUACUUGUGGACAGAGUGGUUGCCUACCCGAAUCUGGUGGCGCAACCACAGUCAUUACAGAGAGAGCCAACGUCGGCACACAGGCAGGUACCUCCAUGCAAUCUAGCUCACUCCGCAACGCCUGCGGUGUCGCGGCCGACCACAGCAACGGCCCCGUCGCUCUACGAGGAUGAGGACGAGGAGGACGAUUUCGUCCUGCACGCGCUCCAGCUUCCGUGGCUGGAGUACACCUUCAUCGACGUCGACGAGUUCACUCCACCGUCCACCCCAUCCUCCACUCCACCUCUUUCACCUUCAACACUCGGGGAUGAUGAUGAUGACUUACUUGUAUUGGAAAAGGAGGAGGAGUUGAGGGGAUGGGAGGAGGCAUCCCCUCUCGCCCGCGAUGCUAUAUACCUGGCCGCCUUCUAGUUUUUUUUCGUAAUUUUUUUGUAGAACGUUUGUGCGAAGGACAUCAUACUCACGUAGUCUCAGAUUUCUUUUCCUCGAAUCGCCCCAUCUCUUUGUACUAUAUAGUCCCUUGAAUGGCAAAUGCCUUUGUAUCUGU